ACUAUAUAUGAUGUGGCUAUAAAUGAGUUGUGCACAACACCUAAAUGAUUCACCACCACUUCAAAGUUCAAACCACCGACUGAUCGAUCAGAUAUGACCACUUCCGGCGAAUGGUCCACCGGCCUUUGUGACUGCGGCAAAGACUGCUCUAGUUGUUGUUUGACAUGGUGGUGUCCGUGCAUUUCUUUUGGAAGAAUUGCUGAGAUUGUCGACAAAGGAACCACUUCUUGUUGUGCAAGCGGGAGUGUUUAUUUUCUACUUACCGUGUUCACGGGAUUCGAAUGCUUAUACUCGUGCAUGUAUCGUACUAAAUUAAGAAAUCAAUACUCGUUGCCGAAGCAACCCUGCAACGAUUGUCUUGUCCAUUUUUUUUGCAAGCCCUGUGCCCUUUGUCAAGAGUAUCGUGAGCUUAAGUACCGUGGACUUAAUCCGUCUUAUGGAUGGCAAGAGAAUAUGUCGAAGCAAAGUCAAGGAGUCGUGAUGCCACCGGUUGGUCCCGGGGAAAUGAAACGUUAGUUUCUCUAACGAACGAAGAAGCUCCCUCUCACGAGGGUCCGAAGUUUUAUAAUAUAUAAUAAACGAAUGUGGUAUGCUGUAUUGUGAUCUUUCAGUUGAAAAGUUUUAAUUCUGUUGCUACUUGUAACUUGUUGUAUCAAUUAAUAAGAAGUACAUAUAGAUUACAUUGAACA